GGUUUGAUUGGACCGUCACUUUCCCGUCGUCUGUUGCGUCACGGCUGCCUCUCUUUGUCUUGGGCAAAUCAAUUGCCCCACUUCACUUUGCCUUUGUUUGUUGUUUUAACGAUGCCUUUGCUAUAUAAUCGUGUUGCUGUUGAAACGAAAAGUCGAUUGUUGUUCUCUGAAAGAAUCAUAUGACCCUGGAAGUCAUGCCACAGCAGGGCAGAAAUCAACUCCUCUGAGUGCCAACCAUCCUCCGGCCACCAGAGCAGACCUGCCCGCUUGACCAUGUCAGGAGCCAGUAUGCCUGUACCAUUCAACUUUCGGUCCCGCCGUGAGUGUGUGGACUGGCGUCAGAUUAAUGCAAUUGAUGUGGACCGGGUAGCCAGUGAGCUAAACUUUCAGAUCCUCCAGGACCACAUUGCAGGGGUGACCUUCUGCAACUUAGAAGGUGAGCGGUGCCUGAACUGUCAGAGCCACGUGGACCCAGCCCUGCUCAAACUAUUCCGGCUUGCCCAACUCACAAUUGAAUACUUGCUGCACUCGCAGGACUGUCUGGCUCUCAGACUGCAGGCUGCUGAGGAGCAGUUUCAGACUGAGGCCACAGAGAAGCAGCAUCUCCAGUUGCAUCUGCAAAAGCAGAUCCAAUAUAACAAGUCCUUAAAAGAAGAGCUAAAGCAUCGGAAGCGGAUUAUUGCCUCUCAGCAAGUCAUGAUCAGUGCAGGGUUGGCUAAUUACAAUAAGUGCGAAUAUUGUGAAAAAGCCUUCAUGAACGCAUCCUUCCUGAAAAGUCACAUACAACGUAGACAUCCUAUAGAGCAUGACAAACUGAUCACUGAUAAUCAGGAGGAUCUUCAGACGAUAAAAUUACAAGAAGAGAUAAUCAAGCUGCAAGAACAGUUAACACUGGCUAAAUCUGAAAUGGAGAUUCUGCAAAAAGAUUACAAAACCAAACAGGAGAUGGAUCUAAAACAGAAACAGGCAGACUUCAUGAAACAGCUGGAAUUCUGGAAGGAAAAUGAGCAAGUACACAUGAACAGCAAAAUAGAUGAAGUUAAGCAGGCCUGUCAGAGAGACAUGGAAACAUUGCACCAGAAAAACAAAAAACUAGUAAAGCAAAUGCUGAUGUUGCAGCAAAGCAGUAAGACGCAGGAGAACAUGCAGCCUGUGCAGGGACAGGCAAGUUUUGUGCAGAACGGUGAAGAAGAACAAAACCAUGUGGUUGCUGAGCUUCAACAGAAGCUCUACAAUCAGACCUCUGAAAGUGGUGACUGGCACAAUGGAAAAUUAGCAGCAAGAUUCAUCAAGUUCAGAAGACAGGCAGGCAGAAUAAGCAAUACGAAACUGUGGAAAGAGCAGCCAUAUCAGCAUGACCUCACCAGUACCAUCCUGAAGACUGUGGUGGACAAGGAAAUUAGGUGGACAGAAGAAAGGCAAAAAAUUAAGGAAGAAUAUGAGAGUGAGAGAAACCAGCUCCAGACAGCAUUGGCCCAGAUGAAUUCCACUGCCCCCAAGGAGAAUAAAAGGGUAGAGAGAAAGGUGAAGGAACUGGAACUCCGGCUGGAAGAGCAGCAGAAGACCAUCACAUUACAAAACAUGCAGAUAAAUUCUUUUACUACAAAGUCACCGAAAUCAACAAUACAAGAAGCUCCAGAACCUAAAACAAGAGUGGUGGUCAGUGAGCAUCCCAGCUUGGUCUGUAAAUUGGAUCCUAUAGUGGAGAUUUCAGAAGAAGACAAAGAGUCAUCAAGCUUCUCAGAAGGUCAUUCUGACAGUAAGUCAAUGCAGCAGAAAGUUAAUGAGCUACUGAAGAAUCCCAGUCUCAAGAGGGACCUGCACUUGGCUGUGCAUAGAAGCCUCGAUGACAAGCUGUUACACUUAGGCAUUGAUCCUGCUGUUGGUGGGAUCUCUAGGUCAACAUAUGAGAGCACGAUGGCUCGUGUGGUCUCUGAGAGGCAGCAGAGGCAGAAGGAAUAUGCUGAGUACCGUAAGAUACACAAAUAUCUCCACCAAAAUCUAGACAAGCUGGUUAAGGAAAGGCAAACGCAGCCCAUCAUCAAGCCCAGUCAACCAGUCCAAAUGCUACCUCAGUCUAGGCCACGGUACAGCAGUUUUCCUGCCAAACAGCAGUACACACUGCAGCCAGCUAAUCAAAACAACACUGCAACUUAUCCCAUAACCUCCACACAAAUGGCACCUCACAAAACCUCUGAUUUGAGUCUUGUUGAAGCCUCCUCAGAAGAAGAGAAUGGGAAAGCCCCAUUGAGAAGCUGCUUCCAGGGAAUUCAGCAAUACACUGCUUGCCCAGCUCAAGCUUCAUUUCAGAAAGCAGCACAGUGCUCUGGAACUCACCGGACCCCAGUAUUUAGCAUUAACAAGAUGAAGGUUACUGUGCCAGAAAAUGAGAGUGAGUGGACAGAAGGCAGUGAGAUGGAGGAGAUUUCCCUAGAUCAACUGCAGAAGCACACUGACCAGAAUGGAAAUGUGACUGAGACUUUCUGCAGUUAUGUAAAGGCACUAAGCGAUAACCUGGAGCAUCAGCUUGUUGACCAAGCCCAUAAAAAUACAGCAAGUGUUGCCAUCCCAGAAAAACGUGAUGGAAUCACAAACACACAUGAUGCAGUGUGGGAAAUUAAAAACACUGGUUUUGAGGACGAUAACGAUGAUGACUGGGACAUUUCCUCUUUAGAAGAUGUUCCUGUGGCACACACAUCCAGUUUUGCUCCUGUGAGGAAAAGCAUGGACAAGAGUAUUGACACCAGCACUAGUGUAUGGGGAACUAUGACUGGCAUAGGACAAGAGCCAAGUCUUAAAGAUACUGGCACUGGCAGCACUCUGAAGAGCAGCAUUGUGACAGCUAGUGACUGGGAUUUCUCAGAUGGCACAAAAAUAUAAUGCCACUUGCUAAUCCCAAAUAUUGACACAUGGAAUAAUAUGGACAAUGAUGUUGGCCCUGUGUGAAAAAGUGCUUGCACCGGAAAUCUAAUAACUUGUUGGGCCACCCUUAGCAGCAAGAACUUCAAUCAAGCGUUUGCGAUAACUUACAAUGAGUCUGUUACAGUGCUUUUUUUGGUCCACUCAUCUUUGCAGAAUUGUUGUAAUUCAGCCACAUUGGAGGGUUUUCAAGCAUGAACCACCUUUUUAACAUCAUGCCACAGCAUCUCAAUAAGAUUCAGGUCAGGACUUUGACUUGCCCACUCAAGACUUCAUUUUGUUUUUCUCUAGCCAUUCACAGGUGGACUUACUGGUGUGUUUUGGAUCGUUGUCCUGCUGCAGAACCCAAGUUCGCUUCAGCUUGAGGUCAUGAACAGAUGGCUGCACAUUGUCCUUCAGGAUUUUUUGGUAGACAGCCGAAUUCAUAGUUCCAUUUAUCACAGCAGUUCUU